AUGCGCAGAUGUUGGGAUUCAGAACCUUCAAAUCGACCUGAAAUAGAAAAAAUCGUGAGAAUAAUGGAAGAAUGGAAGAGCGAUUAUUAUUAUCUACAGUUUAAAGAAGCCGAAGAAGAACGCCAGAAAAUAAUCAAAGAUGGUGCUCCAUCUAGGAAAAAUUGUUAUCCGAGUUCAAUACAUUAUAAAAUUGAUACAACACUAUUUGAUUCGCCCGGGGUUGAAAAAAUACCCAAGAAUCAAACUAAAGUGGGUUCGGAAUGUCAACAUGAGAGUGAAUUGGAGAAUUCAGUACAAAGAAAGAUUAUUUCUAAAUGGAUACCAUACGAGGAAUUUUUAGAUGUAGAAAAAAUUGGUCAGGGUAGAUCGAGUCAGAUUUAUAAAGCGAUCAGACAUAAGAAAAGAAAAAAUAUGAUGAUAAAGGAAAAAGAAGUAACACUGAGGAUCCUCGAUGAAUCUCGAAAUCUGGAUUCCGAAUUUUUAAAAGAG